CCUCAGACCGCAGGGCCGACGCCGCUCUCUUCUCCGCUGCCCCGACACCCAGACACUCUGCUCAUCCUCCCCACCAAGCCAAGAUGCUGGUCUUACUGGCUGGAAUCGUUGUGGUCCACAUCGCCACCGUCAUCAUGCUCUUUGUUUCCACCAUUGCCAAUGUGUGGGUGGUCUCAGAGACUACAAAAUCAUCUGUUGGUCUUUGGAAAAACUGCACGGACGGCUCCUGCACUGGUCCCCUGUCCUACGCCGGAGAAGAUGCCCUCAAGACGGUCCAGGCCUUCAUGAUCCUCGCCAUCAUCUUCUCCGUCAUCUCCCUCCUGAUCUUCGUGUUCCAGCUCUUCACCAUGGAGAAAGGAAACCGCUUCUUCCUCUCGGGGGCCACCAUGCUGGUGUGCUGGCUGUGCAUCCUGGUUGGGGCGUCCAUCUACACCAACAGGUACGCCAGCAAGACCAACAACUUCACCUACAGCAGCAGCAUCCACCACGGCUACUGCUUCAUCCUGACCUGGAUCUGCUUCUGCUUCAGCUUCAUCAUCGGCAUCCUCUACCUGGUGCUGAGGAAGAAAUGAGGGGGAGCCG